UCCACCGUGCUUAAACUCGUGGAAAAUAAUGUCUCAAGUUGAGGUUGUUAGGAAAAUCUCGAAUUACCUUCAAGUGCCGGCUGGAAACUUAUCGCAAAGCCGUGAGAAGGUGGUCACAAGAACUCUCGAUGACAAGACAAAGGUGUCGGGAUUCUGCACAGUUGUCAGUAGCUUGGCAGGAAAGUACAGGAGUGUCGAGGAAGAGUGUUUAACACGACAAUGGUUGGAGUAUUGCAGUCUCUACGUGAAUUCCACGUGUCUGGAGGGCAACAGAAGUCACCAGAGGAGCGUUCUGGAGGAGUUGAAUGAGUAUCUCGCCACGAGAUCGUACUUUGUAGGUAAUUCUCUAUCUCUGGCCGAUGUUGCCGUCUUCUAUUCCAUCGCCACCACUGUGGAAACCCUGCAAAACAGCGACAAGGAGCACUUUGUCCACCUCUCGCGAUGGUUCGAUCACGUUCAGCUCACGGACAGCGUCCGGCAAGAUAUGAGUCUGGUGAAUUUCUCAUCGCUGCGCAGUGUGCGUUAGAUAGCGCCGUGUGAUCUUCAAUG